AUGGAUUUAGUGGGGCUCUUGAUCUUGAUUUCGUUUGUUAAGUACGGAGAAGCUGUGAGACCGUUAUUGAAGUCGAUUAAGAUAAGUGAAAAUGUUAUCUACGACUGCGUGGAUAUCUAUAAACAACCAUCGCUUAGUCAUCCCCUGCUCAAGAACCACACCAUCCAAAUAGCAGGCAUGAGGUCGGAAGGUAAUGGUCUAUAUCACGGGACCUCUGCGCUGUUAAGUACACACUACUUGAAGAUAGAUCCCCAUGGAGUUUCUACAUAUGCGAUGCAAUAUGUAAUCGCUGAAUCCAAUGGCCAAAAGAACACUAUCGAAGCGGGGUGGAUGAUAAACAUGGACUUGUUUGGUGAUGGCCGUGCUUGGUCUUACGGAUCUUGGAUGGGUGCCAACGGGGCGGGUUGCAUCAACACAAAAUGUCCAGGGUUUGUGCAAGUUGGAAAUAAUAAUUUCUUGAGUGAACCUCUUGAUACCACUAGGGACAAGUCAUUUAUUAGGUUUUCCAUUCAUCAGGAUCAUGCGACAGGAAAUUGGUGGAUUACUCAAAUACUCAAAGACUCUAAGAGUGAUAUCGGUUAUUGGCCAAAGGAACUGUUCGAUGUAUUAGGCGGCGGUGCUACGUCGGUGGGAUUCUCUGGCGUGGUCCGCGCUCCUCCAAAUGGUCCGAGCCCGCCCAUGGGGAACGGCAACCUACCGAAAGACAAGGAUCCUUAUCACUCGGCGUUUUUCGCUAAUCUCGAAAUCUUAGGACAGGAUUAUUUGUCGUAUAGGGCUGACAACUUUACGUUCAACAGGGUGAUAGACAACGAGAAAUGCUAUGGUCUACGCUAUGCCGGAUUCGAUAAUGAUAAUGUCGGUGUCUAUUUCACCUAUGGCGGUCCAGGAGGAAAUUCAUGCGGUGUCUGA